AUUUAUUUUUCGAUUAAAAAAAAAGCAAAUCAAUCGGAGAUACGACAUUAUCGAAUAAUCCAUUCUCUUCGAUACCGGAAUUUAGUCUGAAAAAAAGAAACUCAGCAAUCCCACAGCACAUCGUCAAACUCGCACUCAACAACCCCCCGAAGAACCAUCACAAUGGGCGAAAAAGCCGACAAGAAGCGCAAGCGUUCCCAGGCCACUUCCGAGGAAGUCGGCGAAACCGAUGCGAAGAUCGAGCAAGUCGACGUUGACAAGGAGGCGAGGAAGAAGUUGAAGCGCGAAGAGAAGCAAAAGAAGAAAGAAUCGAAGAAGAUUGAAGCUGAGGCGGAAGAAUCGCAAGUGAAGGAAGAUACGGAGGCGCAGGCGAAGAAAGAGAAGAAGAAGGAAAAGAAAAAGGCCGAUAAGGAGGCUGAAAAGAAGAAUGAGGAGAAGGAAGAGUCGAAAGAUGUAGAGAUGGAGGAUGCUACGGAGGAGAAGCAGGAUGAGAAGAAAGAUAAAAAGAAGAAGACGAAGAAGGACAAGAAAAAGGAAAAGAAAGAGAAUGGAGAUGCUGCCAAUGACGAACAAGCCGAAGCUGCGGAAGCGAACGAGCAGCAACAAGAGCAGGAGGAACAGCAGUAUCACCAGCAGAAAAAAGUCCGAUUCAUCGUCUUCGUCGGAAACCUCCCCUAUACAGCAACCGUCGAAUCGAUCAAAAAGCACUUCGAAAAGAACCCUCCAGCCUCCGUGCGUGUCGCCACAGAGAAGGGCAGCAGCAAAUGCCGCGGAUUCGCCUUUAUCGAAUUCGACCACUACGACCGUAUGAAGACCUGCUUGAAACUAUACCACCACUCGCAAUUCGACGAUGGCAAGUCCCCCGCGCGGAGGAUCAAUGUCGAAUUGACCGCCGGCGGUGGAGGUAAAUCCGAAAACCGCAAAGAGAAGCUAAAGCAGAAGAACAAGAAGCUCGAAGAGGAGCGGAAACGCGCCUUGCAGGAGCAGAAGAAGCAGCCGUCGAAAGAGAAUAAAUCUUACAACAAUAACAACGGCGGCCAAGAAGAUUGGCAAGGUGGUAUCCACCCCAGUCGAAGGGGAAGAGUUUCUGGUUCUUACUAGGAGGUUUGCUAGAUGAUUUGAUAACAUUUGUUUCGAGGCGACCAUGCAUGUCUUCUUUUCUGUUAUUGAUUAUCUUGACAUUACCGCGAUGAUGGUGAAUCACUAAUUCCCUUCGCCUUUCUGAAUAUAUCCCGCAUAUGGCUUCAUAUGUAUAAAAAUUUACGAGGACAUUGUUAUGAAAAUGCUUUGGCAUGAGAAAGCCUUCUUCUAUACAUCGACUUUGAAAACCAGCUCUCAGUCCCAGAAUCCGUCGAGUCUCAAG